AUGGCUCUCUCCCUGUCAGGAUUCAAGUCCAUGCAAAUUUGGAAUCAAGCAGCAAUUGCCAAGCAUAUAUGGUUCAUUAUCUCUGGGGGAGAGCAGUCUAUGUGGUGUCAGUGGGUCAAAUCUUACUUAAUUAAAGGGAACAAUUUCUGGAAUUUGAGGAUUCCAAGUGAUUGCUCUUGGGUUUGGAGGAAGCUUUUGAAUCUUAGACCCAAGGUGCAGCCCUAUAUUUUUAGAGUGCUAGGGAAUGGUCACUCUACUUCAUUGUGGUAUGAUAACUGGCAUCCCUUAGGCCCUUUAAUUGCCAAAUUUGGCCAUAGAGUUACCUAUGAUUUAGGAAUAGCAAAAGAGGCUACUAUGCCUCACAUCAUUCAUAACUCUAAGUGGUCCAAGCUUCAUGUUUCUUGGUCCUCUAGAACUUGGAAUGAUUGGGUCUCCCUUCUCACAAAUUCAAAGGGCAAAUCUCUCCAAACUGUUAUCACUAAAUUGGGUUUUACAAUCACAGUCUAUCAUGUGCGGAUUGAAAGGAAUGUGAGGAAAUUCAAGGGGAAUCCAUCUACUUGCGAGGUAGUUGUUCAUAAAAUUUGUUCAAUGGUGAGAGCAGGGAUUCUAUCCUUACCCAAUCUUCAUCAAAUUCAAGCAGAUCAUGUUAAUGAGUGGCAUUAUGCUGGAAGUUAG